UUAUAAGUUCUUCAGUAUUCACAUGGAUGUGCCAUUAUGUACCGCUCAGUUGGUUCCUCGUUGGUGGGAGUGCAUGAUUAUUGAGGCCGUUGGUCUGGAUAAAGCCAUCAAUCUCCUCGUUGAGUACCUAGGUCAAAUCAGUGACAAGAUGGAAGCAGCCGGAACGAGACUCCAGGAGAUGGCCGCUCAAGACCCUGGCCCUAUGGUGAGGGAUAAUGUUGACAAGUACCUGCACUCGGUGUACACGAUCAUGACUGGGCAUUAUGAGUGGACGUCCGUAUCUCCCUUCCCAUUUCCUUGCAGAGGCUGAGAAAGCUGACAUCUAAACAGGUUAGCAAUCGAGCGGUAUGGUCUUGCAAAGAAAGGGUGCAAUGGUUGAAGGAGGAUAAGAGUGUUAUUAUUCCUUUGUAAAUACCACAACCUUAUUGUGUGAUUGGGACGGGGCGGCGAAGACAUAAGA